CAGGCCGAUCCGCCGAUCUGGACCGCGCCUCAUCCUGCGUCCCCAUCUCUUGGCACCGUCGAUCUUCCGUCCCUGUUUUGGAUGCAACCAAAGCACAACAACUUCACUUGCAGCUUUUUCUGCCACCUCGGUCCUCAUAUCUCUACCACGACAUGGCUAUGGAAAUGAUGCAAUUGGGCUCUCGCGCCCUCAACCACUCCUCUUCGGACACCGAAGCGGAAUACGACCGCCUCCGCGACCUAGCGCGCCAAGAAGCUGCCCAGCGCUCCUCCUGCUUCGACCGCGCGCACCAAGCCUACGAGUCCGGCGACGGCGCGCGCGCCCACGAGCUCUCUGAACAAGGCAAGCGCCAUGCCGCGCAGAUGGACGCCUACAACCGGCAAGCGCGCGACUUCAUUUUCCGCGCCAACAACUCCGAGGGCCGUGUCGCGUCCGAUACAAUUGAUCUACACGGGCUGUUCGUGGAGGAAGCUGAGGACGUAUUAGAGGAGCGCAUCAAAGAGGCGAGAAGGCAGGGCCAGACGCACUUGCAUGUUAUCGUAGGGAAGGGAAAUCAUAGUCGCGGGCAUGUGCAGAAGAUCAAGCCGAGGGUCGAGCAAGUGUGUAGGGAGCUGGGGCUGCAGUAUGCGACGGAGGAGAACGAGGGUAGGAUGUAUGUGAAUCUGCAGGGUGGGGCUGUCGGCAGUAUGCCGCCACCGCCCCAGGCACCGAGCUAUGGUGGGUAUCCUGGCAGUAAUGACCAUGGUGGGCAGCAGCAUGGUGGACAGCAGCACGGUGGGCAAUACGGCGGACAUGGGGGACAGCAUGCUGGUGGGCAUCAACAACAACACGGUGGACAGCACCAGCAGCAGAAUAAUCAGAACGAUGAAAUGGAGGAGAUGGUUAAGAAGGGGCUGCCGAAGCUGUUCAGGGCGCUCAAGGGGUGCUGUGUUGUCAUGUAGGCUUGGCUAUUUGCAUAGGCGAUGGAAUGAUACCCUAGGUGGGGCGCAAGCCUCUGUAAGUAGAUGGAUUUUGGAUAUGGUGUGGCAAUGAAAGGGUUGUUCUUGGGAUUGAGA